GUGUUCAGCUUCUGUAGGCCAAAGAAGAUACACGUGUGUUACAUCUCUCGACGACAUAUCGGAACUUCAAGUUCUUCACAAUCGCCGGCAAUAAUACUAAACUACAAAAAAUAAAAACAUGGACCAGGACAAACCUUCGACUUCUUUCAAANGCAAACCUAGAAAGAGGACCCACAGUAAGAUAGAACUUCAAGUAGAAGGUGAUAAAACAAAACAGCACGACCACGAUGUGCCGAAACGAGACAAAAACACAAAUAAACAACAAACAACAACAAAUAUUCUUGACUUCCCAGAUGAAAUUCUUUUUUGUAUAUUCAAAAAUGUAGACCCAAACGAUUUGAAUAAUCUCCGAUUAUGUUGCACAAAAUUUGCAAGACUAGCGGCAGAUAAAUUUUUAUGGAGUUUGGACUAUCGCAAAGAACCUAUUUUUCCGUGUCAAAUGAAGCCGUAUGAAACCUUCUUAAAACCAUUAACAUACAGCUUAGCAAUACGUGGAAAUAUUAAACAAUUUAAAGAAAAUGUUCUUUCAUCUUGUUUUUUUCUUAAAUUACGACAAAUAUGCCGGAGACUUCGCACAUUGAUUAUUGAGGAGUAUUUUAUUAUUACAACUACAGAAGAUAUAAAUGAGUAUAUAUCGAUGACUUUACCAACUCUUGAGAAACUUGAAAUCAAAACUUGUAUAACUAGUACUCGUCUUAAUAACAACUUGAAGUGGCGUAGUUGUUUUUUUAUUUGUUUCCCCAAUAUAAAACACUUGAUUUGGAACAACGUUCUAUGGGAUACGCCGCUACUUGUGCCCACUAUAUGUAUGCUUACAGAACUUCACACACUUGAAGUAACUUCAUGUUUUCGUGUGCAAGAAUGUUCGUAUGCAGACAUUACUUUAAAUACACUUCUUUGUCACAUCCAAAAGCUUCAGACUCUAAACUUUCAAAACACAGUAGUAGCGGAUGAGCUACUUGAAUGGUUUUGUAAAGGUGACUCUUUAAAUAAACUGUAUUUAGAAUGUCCGAAAUAUUUAAGGAAAGAAUUGUCAAUUAACUCGUUACAGGAGUUACAAAACUUUUCUUACAAAGAAUACAGGCCUUUGAUUGAAGAUAAGCGUUGUAUCUUUUUUGAUACAAUAAAAUCUCAACUUGCUGAAAACAAAAUUGAAGAAAUAAUCAUUUACAGGAACGAUCUGUUCCAGAACUAUUUGUUGUCAAAUAGUAGUCGUUAUAUAAGUAGAUGUACUAAUUUGAAGAUAUUACAUAUUAGACAUUAUUCACAUGUUACAAGAACACAUAUCAAUAUUAUGUUGUCGACAUUACCAAACUUAAUAGAGUUGGAUAUAACUGGUUGUUCUGUAACUCCGGAAGAUGUUAAAGACUUUGAAUCACAAAGACCUAAUGUUAAAAUUUAUUCAUCUUUUAGUAAACCACAUGAACGAUAUGCUAAAACAGUAUAA